UUUUACAUGAAUACAGUCUAAAGAAAAACAAAACAAGAUGGCGCGGAACAACGUGCUUGACAAAAAAUUAAUUGAACAAUAUAUGAAUGUUACUGGUACUGACGAAACCGUUGCCAAAAGUAUGCUUGAGGCAUUUGAAGGAAAUUUAGAGUCAGCUAUAAAUAUGUAUCUAGAAGGUUCGCCUGCUAUCAGCUCUAAAAGAUAUACUUCGAACCUUAAAAGCACUACUUCAUCAUCAGCAUCAGCAGCAGUGAGCACAACAUCUUCCUCCAGGACAAGCUCUUCUGCAAAAAGUGAAACUAACUUAAACGCAAGUGAGGAUGAUGUGAGAGCACCAAUUCCACAACAACAAGCAAUAUUAGUUGAUGACAAAUAUCAUGCCUUGCCAUACAAUCCACGUCAGCACCGUCAAGGAACAACAAACUCAAUAUUUGAUAAUUGUAGAGACUUUAAAAAAGAAACUGAGGAAUAUUCUCAGAUGCUUUCAAAUAAAUCAUCACGUAACAGAAAAAAGAAAAGAUUGCACGAACUAUUUCGACCUCCAGUUGAUAUUUUACAUGAAGGAGAUUUUCAAUCUGCUCGUGAUGCGAGUAAACACAAGAGUAAAUGGUUGCUGGUGAACAUUCAAAAUUCAGUAGAAUUUCCCUGCCAGAUUCUUAAUCGCGAUGUGUGGUCUCAUAAAAUUGUGAGAGAGAUUAUCAACGAAAACUUCGUGCUGUGGCAACAAGCGUACGACAGUGAUGCAGGUCUCCACUAUUCCACUUUUUAUCCUGUAAAUAAUCACCCACAUAUUUCUAUAAUCGAUCCACGAACUGGUGAAAGAAUGGUAGUUUGGGAAAAUCUUGGAAUGAAACCUUCGGCAGAUCAAUUUGCUGAAUUAGCUACCAUGUUUUUAUCUGAACAUCCAAAUUUAAAUCAAAGCUUCGAACACGAGAGAAGAAAGCGUGAAUCUAGUAAUUCGACAUCUUGCAUCAUCGAUUGCGACGAAGACGAACAACUUAACGCCGCCAUAAAAGCCUCCCUACACGAGACGUCGACGUCCGAAAAAAAUACCGUCUCAGCCGGCAGUGAUGGCGAUAGUGACGCGCUGUUCAGCGAUGACGAAAUUCCGCCCGAUUCAAAAAAACGGAAAACGGAAAGCGAAGAUUCGAAAUGUACAAAUGGCGAAAUCACAGCUGAAGAAACUCCCUCCCUGGAGUCUCGUCCGCCAGUUGACGAAUAUUUAAAUGAAGACUCUAACUUGUCAGCGGUAUCGUCUAAGAGUGAUGCUGAAACCGCUGAAAAAGUUCGUAUAUUGUUACGGUUGCCGGAUAAUGGAAGAAAACAGAUAACACUGAAUUAUGACAACACGUUGAAGGAACUUUCGGAGGAAGUGACUCGACUUGGUUGGCCAAACAAAAAAUACGAGUUAAUAAAAUCAUUUCCACGUCAAAACAUAUCGGAGCUUGAUUCGGAACUGACGUUGAAAAAGGCAGGCCUGCACAAACAAGAAACUCUUUUUAUUCAAGAUAGGUAGCAGUGGGAGACAUAUGACUUUGUUUUUCAUUUUAUAUUUAUUAACGGCGAAAGAUAUACCUUAAACGAAGAUUAUUGUGAUAUAUAGUUUUGCGAUUUGAAGGUGAAAAAAAAUGAUUUUGCGGCAUAAAUUAUUGCGAUUUUAUCGACAUUUUCAGACGUUUUUUUUCUAAAUAAAGAUGCUUUUCAUUA